AUGACAUCCAAGGAAUAUAAUUCUUCCAGUUAUAAGCGGGAUAAUAUCUCUACAGGUGACUCGAGAUUGCCCUGGUUCGAGGACAGCCUCAUCACUGGCUUAGAGUCAGUGUGCAGUUUCUUUGACAACGUAUAUUUUGCCAAGAGUUUGGGAAUCAUAACCGAGCAAAAUGUUCUCUACAGGCAUCUGAACAAGGGCGACUGGGGAUCUAAAUUGUGGUUUGUCACGCUGGUGCUCUCGAUAAGAAGAUGUCUACGACAGUUGUUCAGAAUCCUGCAGGAUCGUGUAAAGCUAAAGAAGGAGCUCAAAAGUAUGGGUAAGAGUGAAACGGGGCUUGUAAAAGAUGUUCUGAAAGAAAAACUGUCCACAAUGCUGCAAAAGAGCUCUUUGAUGAUUAAAGCUAUUAUGUUCGAGGUUCUUCAGAAUACCCUGUACCUCAUUAUUGUUGCAGUGGACGUUUUCAAAAUAAGGCUACCCAGAAGGUGGAGGCGAGUGCUGGAGCCUAUUUCCAAUUUCGUCACAGUUUUGAGAUUAGUUGCGUUCGGCACAAGCUCAUCAUUAGACAUUUGA